AUGGCAGCACAGGAAUACUACCUGGGCACGCAAGGUGCACAUGAACUUCCAGGCAACCACUCAUACCCACCACAACCACCAAAGCCGCCACAGUACCAACAACCACCCCCAAGUCCCUACAGCAAUACUUCAGGAUACGCAAACACACCACCUCCAAACUACUCUCCAUACCCCCAUCCACAACACCACCAACCAUACCUCGAGAAAUCACCACAUAUCAUGCCAGCGCCCUACCCCCAAACACCACCAUCCGGCUACCACCCCUCCCAACACUACACAAUGCCCCAACCCCACCAUCAACCUUCGCAAACCAACAAUAACAGCAACUACCUCGGCGUCUCCACACAACAACCUAUAAGAAGCCACUCCCAACCCCCCACGCGCGUCCACUUCACAGACCACGACUCAGACACCAGCACGAGUCUCGGCUCCAUCUCUUCCAGCGACGAAGGCCCCGCUUCUCCCCCACUACCACGCCGCCACCACCGCUAUCAAAGCCACUCCCGUCCUGACCGCGCACAUACACCAGAUCCCUACACCACUACUAGCAAUUACAACCACCCCUACGACCGUGACCGCUCCGAUGACAGACACCGCCGCUACAAGCAUAGCAGCGACAGGUACAGCGACAAGGAAAAGGAUAAAUCACAUAGCGGCGCGCAUAAAACUAGGGAUACUUUUCUCGGCGCGGGCGCAGGCACGAUUAUCGGGGAUGCGAUUUUUCCUGGGCUGGGUACCGCGGCGGGGCUUGUGUUGGGUGGAUAUGGGGGGAGGAAGUAUGCGAGGGAGAGAAGUCGGAGUGAGGUUGGGGGGAAGGAUAGGGAUGGUGAGAGGGAUGGGGGGAGGAGGGGGAAUGGGAGUAGAAGGAUGGGGGGUGAGGAGUGGGAUGAUAGGAGUAGGAUUUUUAGAAAGGGUGGAGCUGUUCGGUAG